UUAAAAUGACUGAAAUUACAUCCACAAUAUCUAAUGAAGAUCGGAAUUUUUGGAUCCUUAAUAUCUUGAUACAACACGUUGCUCCAAAAGCUGUGAGGAAGGUGUUCGAUGAUAAAAUUCCACCGAACGAAUUGGCGAAUAUUCUAAAUGAAAAUGUAAAGAUUAUCCAAGACUUGGUCAACAAAAAAGUUAUCAAUGUUCAUGCACAGGACACUCUGGUUAGGGUUCCAGGAUUCAAGUUACCUUCGAUGCCAUCAUCGCCAAAUAAAUCAGCAACGACCUCAAAAGAUUUCGAUACCACGUUGAUGAUUUGUAUCUUACGGAACCUCAGUCUCAUACCACCACCAUCCAGUGGAUGGGACACACUUCCACCGGAAUUUGAAAACACACUGGGUGCCAAUUUGACGAUAAUCAAAGUGUACAGAAACAAACUUUGUCAUGCAUCACAGCCAAGAAUAAAUGACAAAACAUUCAGAAAAAUGAAGUCUAGUCUGAUACAUGCUUUUUCGGAAAUCAGUUGCGGAUUAACAGACAACAUUGUUCGUGAAAUUGAGUCUUUUGACUUUGAGGGAUGCGACAAGGAAAAUCUGUUAUGUAAAAUACAGAAAGAAAUCCGCGACAUAAGGGGUGAUAUGCAAUUUCACUAUAACUGGAAAGUUAACACUGCAAAUGUUUUGGGUGAAUGGAGAGCUGAAGUGGAAAAUUUCUAUGAAACUCAGGGUACAAAAGCAGUUUUAGAAGAACUUAACACUAACAGUGCAGUCAUGAUUACCGGGAAUUCUGGAAUCGUAAAAACUACAACUAUGAGAUACAUUUCACUUCUUUUUGAAAAAAGAGGAUACGAAAUUGUCUUGAUAAGUUCACCUAACGAUAUUCCUCUUCACAGGUUUCCUGGGCGAAAACAACUUUUCAUAAUGGAUGACAUUGUUGGAAAAUACAGAGUUGACAGCGUUGCAGUUGAAUUGUGGAGAAGGUUACAUGACCGUCUCAAAGUUGUUUUUAAAGACCAAAAUGUCAAAUUAUUGAGUACCUUACGUCGCCAGGUGUACACUGACAUGAGUUUAGUAUUAUUUCCAACCGUGUUCAACUCUACAAUCGUUGAUCUAGAAUCGAAAGAUUUAGUUUUAUCUUCCAAUGAAAAAAAAAGGAUGCUUGAAAAUUACUUAGAGCGAAGGAAAAUAAGUCAAAACUUUAAUGAAGAUGAAAUGUUGAGCAUAUAUUCCUGUGAAUUGCGUUUCCAUUGUUAUGUAAUCUAUUUACUACAAAUCAAGAAUUUUUAAAAAUGAAAUCAAGGUUUUUCCAGUUCCCAUACAUUAUUUUCAAAGAAGAACUUAAUCGUUUACAAAAAGAAAACAAAGAGGUAUAUUGUGUCCUUGUGCUUGUAGUUAUUUUUUAUUUAGAAGAACUACAAAUGAUGUUUGAUAUCAAUUGCGAAAUGGGAAGAGUUGUGGCUUAUAAUAAGAUUUUACGUGCUUUUGAAGUACCGGAAAACAUAAGCCGAAAAACGCUUCAUAGGCAUUUGCAAUCAGUUGCUGGUACUUACGUUGAAACGACAAACAUUUUUAAGUUUCAACAUGACAAACUAGAAGAAACAAUUGCAUGUCAUUUUGGUUCCCAGUUUCCCGAUAUAAUGCUGCAGCACUGUAAACUUGAUUUUAUAAGAGAUCGGGUUCGGCUUAUAAAUAUGCCAAUAUGUGAUGAAAGCAUCUUACUUUUGAAGCAGUCAUCUUUUGAUGUGUUUUCCAAAAGAGUUAUAGACGAAAUAAGAAAUGGAAGAUUUCGGGAUAUUCUUUUAAGCGAGCCAAUGCAUUGUGAAAAGUUUAUCGAGCAUUUUGCUUUCUGCAUAGAGAAACAGCAAAUGACAUUGAAAGAUAUAGAGAAUGUUACAUGUAAUGAAACAUUUUUACCACCACAACAGCAAGAACUAAUGAAAAAACGACUUGUGAGUGUAGCAAACAGAUUUGCUCUGUUAGAAGAGUUACAAAACAGAAAAAAAACCUUUUUAUUCAUUGGGUAGCUGCCGUGGGUUGUAUCCAACUCUUUAGAUUGUUCUUUAAAAUACCAGAAAAGAAAUACAGACACACUCUUCUCACAGACCUUUUGCAUUUAGCUGUUUCAGGAGAAAACAUCGAUAUCGUUAAAUUGCUUAUUGAUGGAGGAGGAAACUUAAAUUCAUACGACGAAUUUGGCAUUCCAUUGCUAUGUAAAAUAGCAGGCACCAACCGUUGUGAUAUUGCUGAGCUUUUGAUUCACAAGGGGGCGGAUGUUAAUCAGAUUGACUAAAUAUUGGGUUGGACGCCAUGCUGUGUUGCUACCUGGUUCAAUGAAGCCGAGGUGUUAACAUUUCUACUGAGUAAAGCUGCAAAUAUAAGUGCAUUUGUUUUUCAAAUGAGAGACCCUUUAGUCAUUGCAGUUACUAAAAACAAUGCACAAGCUGUUUCUGUAUUAUUAAAAUACGGACGCGAAAAAUAUAAUAAAACAGAAGUGUCGGAAUCUGAUUUUAACUUUGAAAGAUAUUUUUGUUUUUUAUGGGAGGAGGCAUUAAAUAUCAAUAAUCCCAUAAUAAUCAAAAUGCUUACUGACAACUUAAAACGUAAAAAUCAAAUUAGCUUGUCAUUGCCCGUGGCAAUUCGAAAAAAAAAUAUUAUGCGUAAACUAUUGAACAUAUUUUUGGCUGAAAUCAA